UUUUGGAAUACAUAACAAACGAGUUCAAUAAGUAGAGAAAACUUAACCUACCUGACGAAAAUCAAUUUUGUGAAAUGUGACCAUCACCACCACAAUUCUUGAACCCUAAUUCUUCAAUGGAGUCGUUAGCAUCACCAUCACCAUCACCAUCGUUGACGAAUUCGAAAUCAGUCAUCGAUUCCGGAGAAAGAAAUUGGCUCGAUCUUCCACGAGACGUGGUAUCAUCGAUUUUCCUGAAGCUAGACACAGUUGACAUUCUCGUUCGCGCUCAGAAUGUUUGCACCGCGUGGCGCAAUAUCUCCGAGGAUCCUCUCCUCUGGCGCACCAUCAACAUGCCUAAUUUCGAGAAUGACCUUAGCACCGAUCACGAAUUAGAGAUUUUAUGCUACCGCGCUGUUGAUUACAGCUGCGGUAAUUUACUUGAUAUCAAUAUCGAGUAUUUUGGUACCGAUGAUCUUCUCCGUCACAUCGCUAAUUCUGCAAGUCAUCUACAACGCCUCCGCCUUGCAUGUUGCUAUAGUAUAACAGAUGAAGGAUUGUGUGGAGUUGCUGAAAAGCUUUCUCACUUAGAAGAACUUGAUAUAUCGAUCAGUGGUUUAUCCAAGGAUCCUCUGGAAGCAAUUGGAAGAUGUUGCCCUCGAUUGAAAGCCUUUAAAUUCAACAUGGAAGGGUGCAGACGUCCACACAUAGAGUCUGAUGAUGAGGCAUUUGCUAUUGCACAAAACAUGCCCGAGUUACGCCAUCUCCAGCUUUUUGGAAACAAAAUGACUAAUGAUGGUUUGCUUGCUAUUCUCGAUGGCUGUCCUCACCUUGAAUCUCUUGAUAUACGUCAGUGUUUCAAUAUUAAUUUGGCAGGAACUUUGGGGAAGAGAUGUAAUGAACAGAUCAAAGAUUUACGACUUCCAUAUGAUGCAACUGAUGACUAUCCAUUUGAAGUUGAAUUUGAUUAUGGAUCACUUGAUGAAGACUACCCAUCAGGGAUCUCAGACAUAAAUUUAUCGUCCGACAAUGAUGAGUACGAGUAUUAUGAAUUCUCAGGUGGGAGUGAUUUUUCUGAUUAUGAGUAUGCUACCUAUGACUUUUGAUUAAUUGAAACCUCUCAGCUGGGAAAAAUGUAGUUUCUAAUGAUACUCAAUAGUGAUGGUGUUUUAAUGAAAUUGGGUAGGUGGCCACAUCAUCACUGUCUUUUACAUGGGCAGAUAGGUGAUAAUCAUCUGGUUUCUUUGCGCAGCACACAUUCAUUGUUUUCAACUUGUGUUUAUGUAUAAAUGUAAGAAGCGAUUUCUUUGACUUUAUGUUUGAAAAUCUGAGACUCAGGCUCUGAAGCAAAUUCAUUGUGCAGUUAUGCCUGCUGUAUAUAACUACACAGAAAUUAGUUGUGUUGGUCCUUCGCAUUUCGAACCGUAAGUUCUAACUAUGACGGAUA